AUGGUCACGGGCGGGCCUCCGCUCGGGGACACCCAGUGCACUUGUGGGGCCCCGGAAGACAGGGCCCGGGACACGGAGCCGAAGGGGUUGGCCUGGCGCCCCGCCCGCCGCCGCCCGCGGCUCACCUGCGCCCCCGCGCGCCCUGCGAGGACAGCAGGCCCCCCGCCCGGCCCGGCCCUCGCCGCCCCCGCCGCACUCACCGCUCACUGGCACGACUGCCCCCGGGGCCGGGGCCGGGGCGGGGGCGGCGGCGGGGGCUGGGGUCGGGGCACUUGGCUCGCCCGGCGCAUGGGCUCCGUCCGCGGCGGGUGCGGCUCGGGCUGCGGGCGGCGGACACCCGACCGGGCCGCGCACGCCCCGCCCCGCGCCCGUCCGUCAGCCCGGCACAGCCUGCCAUUGGCCGCGCGCGCCGGGCCCCGCUCUGCCCCACCCCGGUUGGCCGAGAGGCCCGCCCGUCAGAGGCCUCGGCCGGGCGGGGCUUCCGGGAGCUGCGCGGAGGGCGGUUCCCGCCCGGCUGGGCCUCGUGGGCCGCGGCCUGAGGGGUUGGCUCCGCUAGGGACGGGGUCCGGGGGAGACAACUUCUCCGGAAACUGCCAGGACUCUCCCGGGAACAGGCGGGACUCGCGGGAUGAUAGAGACCCCGCGGCGAAGCGGGUCCGCGGCCGGGUGUGGACUGGGGCGGGGUCGCCGAUGUCCGACUCGAGCCCCUGCGCCGCUCCUAGAGCCCAGCGCCGGGCCCCUGGGCACCUUCACGGCGCGCACAGCUGCGCCCACGCCCCCCUAGGCCGUCCCUGCGCCGUGCCGCGCAGCACACCCUUCCCCCAACUUCGGCAGGCCCUGCAGACUACCCGUCCACCCAGCUUCCCCAAAGCCCGGAGCCCAGCCCUGCAGGAGCUCACCCUGAGGCCCAAACGGGCCUUGGCCUCAGGGACGACCCGACACGGGCGCCUACCACCUGAGAAAGGUGGGCGCGAGUCUCCACCCCAGACCACCUUUGCGGAAGCCGACACCUGGCCUGCCUGCGCCCCGCCGUCUCGACCGCGUCUCACCUCCCCAGCUGGCCUACCGGCCCCAGGGGCGCUCCCGCGCGCCCCUCAACCCCGCGGCCGGGAGAACAACCCCAAGUCGAAGAGAGCGCCUGGCGAAGGAGGGCGCCCGGGACCAAGCCCCCGAGGCUGGGGCACCGGGGCCGACCCCUCAGAGCCCAAGGCUAGCAGCCCUGGGGUAGGUGGGGGCAGCAUCUUCCUAGGGGACCUGGUGCUGGGGUCCUCCUUUGAGGCUUAG